UUUAGAAUGUUUCUUAGAAAAAAAAACCAUAUAUUUAGAAUCUAGGAAGAUUUAUUUAUACUAAAUCCACGUAGUGUUUCAAGUAGGAGUUUGGAGGCUAUUGCUUUUUUGAUAAGGCAGUAAACCACCGCCAUUAAAAUGCGAUACUGAUAGUCGACCCAAAAAUAAUGUUAGCACCAAACAACACGUGUCAAUUAAACCUUUCUCACCCACAACCGCCAUGUCUUCCUCCCAAACAAUUCUACAACCUCCUCCGUCGCCGCCAUCUUCUCACCACAACUGCAUUCACCGUCUCCUUCAAUUUCAACGUCUCUCUUAAAAUCUCAGAGCCGGUAGCCUCUGCCAGUGGUCUCUUCAUCAUGCCCCCACCACGUCUCACCAACCGGUAUUAUCUUGUGAGGUCUGGGGAAUCAGAAUUUGAGAGCAUGGGAGUGAUAAACACCAACCCUGUGGCGAAAACCUCUAUGGAUAACGGUUUAUCUGAUAGAGGGAAGAAACAGUCUAUUAGAGCUGCUUUUGAUUUGAAAGAAAUGGGUGCUUGUGAUAAUAACUGUUGGAUCUGGCCUGCUAUUACUCAAAGAGCUUAUCAGACUGCUGAGAUUAUUGCUUCUGUUAAUUCAAUUACUCGAAGUUAUAUAGUUCCAGAAUACAGCUUUCUUGAUGCCCGGGGAUUAGGUGCUUAUGAAGGAAAAAAUUUGGAAUCUGUUUCCCAAGUUAAGAAUGUGUGUGAUGUGGUGGUUCAGAUAUAUGAAUCAGAUGGUAUAUCUACAAAAAUAAAACCUCCUCCGAUUGAUGACGGAACUCCAAAUGAGAGUGUUGCAGAUGUAUUUGUUCGUGUGACCCAACUCAUGUCAAUCCUUGAAACUCAGUACUUUGGUGAGACAGUCGUUAUAGUCUCGCCAGAUUCUGAUAACUUGUCAAUCCUUCAAGCUGGUUUGAUAGGUCUAGAUUUGAGAAGGCAUAGGGAUCUGUCUUUCGCACCUGGUGAAGUUCGCUAUGUUGAUGCCAAUGACAUUCCUACUUACAAGCAGCCUCCAUCUGCUGUAUAUAAAUGCACCAACCUACCAAAUUGUAAUUAGCUAUUUUAUUUCCUUUAAGUUAUUAUAGCAGUAAAAUUGAUGUAUAUUGAUGAAUACCUGAAAUUGUCUACUUUUGUGUUUAAUUUAUCUUAUUGUGACAUUUAAUUUAA